UGAGUUACUUCCCGUUUUAUUUUGAAAGGUUGUUUUCUCAUAUGUCCUAUUGUGUUUUAUCAGCCAAUAAAAGCUCCUUAUCACUGGUUAACCUGCCCACAUGUCCCACACGUGGCUCCCGUCUGCCAUCAGUCUACAUGUAUAAAAGGCCCCAAAGUUCAUAGAAUAGUUUACUGGUGUUUAUAAGUUUAUAUAAGUUCAUUUAAUAUUCAGUCUUCUGUCAGUUUGGGCCAGCCCACCUUCUAGUGACAUCAUCCGGUUAGUAAGGUGGGCAGUUUAAUGUCGGAUGAGCAGUGUUGGUCUGGAGGGGGUGCACUAAUUCCUGGGGAAUGUUAUGUGUGCGUAAAUGACAAGAAACCACACAUACACACCUAUGUACACCUGCUGUGUUUACAGCCCCAGGAAUUGAGUGGCGACAAUAAAGUGCCGCAAACUGAACCUCAAGCUCCCUUCUUCUUUCCCGCUCUGGGACAAUUUGGCCUCAAGUGGUUUUCUGGCCGACACACCAGGGUGACCGUAGUGCUCAAAGGUUGAAUCAGUGCCACAGCCGUGCCGAUCUUUGAUAUCUCCACUAAUGGUCCUUCGAGCCGGAUGCACUAGGUUUGCCUCAGAGAUGGAAUCAGUCCCUGAGUAUAAAGCUCGCGGCGCACGCCCCAAACGACAUGCUCGCCCACCUGUGCGCUACGCAGAUUAUGAGUUGGAGUACCCAGGCUACAUUAGCCAGGCACAUAGAGAGGAUGUAGAGCUCACACACCAAGAGGACAAGGCCAGGAUGACCUCCCUCGCUUCCCCCUUUAGCUACAACCUAGCCAGCCCUCAGUGGAGGCGGGAUGCUAUUCUCCAUGAAACGGCCUCGCGCUAUGGAGCUCAGAGCCAACAGCACAUCCAGGAGAAUCAGCUAGCCCCCCAGCUGUAUCCAGAGAGAAGUCGUGGGGAACAAGCCUAUGAUCACUCUACUCCUCUACCCUUCGUGCUCCCCUAUACACAUCCAAAUAAGCAAAUAAGUGCAGAGUUAGAGGAUAUCCGUCAGGAGCGCCACCUCAUCCAGCAGACCCAGCAACGUAUGUCAUCAGAUCUGGUCGAACUCAAGGCACUGCGAGCAGAAAUGAGACAGUUAGUGGAAGCUGUCCAGAGCAUGCAGGGCCCAUCUUCUCUCCAAACCAGUAAGUUAAUGCAGUCACCGCUACCGGGUGAUGCAGCAGAGAUUGAGGAGGAUGAUGACUGGCCUGCUCCACCACCGUGGCCAGAUCCAGUUGAGGAAGCACCACUGCCAGGGUUGAACCCCCAUCACAUAAAUGCAUGUGCUUUUCCAGCCAUUAGGACAGAGGCAAUGGCAAUCCCACCUUUCAAUAAGUUUGUGGACCACCCAGGACAGAGUCUGUCACCAGAUCCUCCCCCUGCUCCCAGGUUUCCAGAUAAAGCCUCCCAUAAUCCACCUCCUUGGUUUAAGCCGGUUUAUCUUCCACCUCGCUCAGGCAAUUUCCCACUGGGAGGGUCCAAGCAUCCGCGCGCCGCCUAUGGGGACAGUAAGACUGAGCAUGACUGUAAUGCAGCAUCCCCUGAGCAGCAGUUCAAUCUGUCCUCUGCACAGCCACUGCCGGACAGAUCGAAUCUGGGCAGGACUUCUAUCGCCUCAGAGACAGUUUACCAUGGUCCCCGCCCAACAAUUCCCAACUUCUCAAGUCGAGACCCUAGUGAGUUUGCUAGGCUUAAGAUGGCAUUGGGGAAUCUUCUACCUGAGGACGCGACUGAGCUGUUCAAGUAUCAAGUGUUGGUUGAUCACCUGCACCUAGAGGAGGCCAGAUUAAUAGCCGAUGCUUACCUCAACUCUACCACACCCUUCACUGAUACUAUGGAGGCCCUCAAUGACAAAUUCGGCCAGCCACAUCAGAUAGUGCUGAGGCGUAUUGCUGCGAUGAUGGACUCACCUGACAUCAGGCGUGGAGACGUCUCGGCAUUUGAGAGAUUUGCCCUCCAGAUACAGUCACUAGUGGGGAUGUUAAGGACACUAGGCCAAGAAGGAGAAGUGGAACUACACUGUGGUUCACAUGUUGCUCGCCUGCUUAGUAAACUACCCCCCGAGCAGAGAGCAGAGUUCCGCUGCUGCAUGUUCCAACAAGGUGUGAGGAUGCAUACCUUGGCAGAUCUCGCAGGGUGGCUUAAGUAUGAGUCCUGGUGCCAAGACUCUGAAGGGCAACUAGCAGCGAAAGUGACAAAGGAGAAACAGUGGUCCAGGCCUGAGGUGCGCCAGGGUAAGAGAUCCAUCACAGUCCUUCAUGGUGCAAAGGAGGUAAUGACAAAGCCACAGGCAGUGAGGCUAGGUGGUGUGGCCAGUAAGAACAAACCAUACUGUCCAUUCUGUAACACAGAAGAGCACUAUCUCAGCCAGUGCACAGUGGUAUCCAAGUUGACAAAGGACCAGCUAACAGAGUGGAUAAAGAGUAACAAGAGGUGCUGGCGCUGCACACAGUCACACCAGGCAGCCCAGUGUAAUCUGAGGAAGACGUGCAGCCUCUGCCAAGGGAAGCACCUGCAGGUACUGCAUGAUGUCAACGUUAGAACACUGAAAGGGUCACCAACAACAGCGAUGGUGAGCGGUGACUCGAAGGCGGCGACCGACGUCCUGUAUCUAGACAGACCCACUGAAGGCUGCAGAGUCCUUCUAAAGAUCGUCAAAGUCUGCAUUCAUUAUGGCAAGCGAACAAUCAGCACUUAUGCCGUCUUGGAUGACGGGUCAGAGAGGACAAUGCUUCUGCCAGAGGCUGCCGAGAAGUUAGGCAUGCAAGGGGUCACAGAGGAUGUCCCACUGCGCACGAUUAGGCAGGACGUGCAGACUCUCAGAGGUGAGUCAGUGUUGUUCUCUGUUUCCUCUCCCUCAAGGCCCAGGACCAGGUUCAAGAUUGCUGGGGCCUUCACUGCUGCACGCAUCGGACUUGCAGGCCACACUUAUCCCAUGGAGCAACUCAGAGAAAGGUAUAAACACCUGAUUGGCCUUCCGAUCCACACCUUGAUAAAUGUGAAACCCUUGCUACUCAUUGGCAGUGACCAUCCCCAUCUGGUUACCCCCGUUGAACCAGUCAGGCUGGGACCUCCAGGAGGGCCUGCUGCUAUUCGCACCAGGCUAGGUUGGGCGCUACAAGGGCCAGCAAGUAUAGUCGGCCAGCUUGCCCAACCACAGCAGUGCUUGCUGACAACUGUGGCACCUCAGGUCAGUCAAUUAAUGAAACAUGUGGGGAAACUAUGGCAGGUUGACAUCAUCCCGUUCCGAAACGAGAAGGUUGUUACUCGUUCAAGGCAAGACCAAGAGGCCAUACGCAUUCUGGAGACCAGAAUUGUCCGAGUAGAGGUUGAAGGCAUACUUCGCUAUGCCACCCCACUGCUUCGCCGGAAGGGGAUGCCUAUACAGGCCACCAAAGACGCUGUCAUGCCAAGUCUACGGGGUGUGGAGAGAAGGCUGGCUAAAGACCCAGAACGAGCUGAAGCCUACAAGGUGGAGAUGGAGAAGCUUAUCAAGGCUGGCUCCAUCGUUAAGUGUGGCUCUGGGACACCUGCGACAGAAGCUCAGGAGGCGUGGUACAUCCCUCAUCACAUGGUGAGCCAUAAUGGUAAGAACCGCUUGGGUUUCAACUGCUCAUUUCAGUACAGAGGACAGAACUUGAACGACUACCUGCUGCCUGGGCCCACCUUAGGUGCGUCGCUUCUGGGAGUUCUAUUACGCUUCAGAGAGCAUGCAGUUGCAGUGAGUGGGGACAUUAAAGGCAUGUUCAACCAGGUUCGUCUCUUACCAGAAGAUUGUGCCCUGCUCAGAUUUGUCUGGCGUGACAUCAGUGACGAGAGCCCUCCAGCAGUCUACGAGUGGCGGGUGCUCCCGUUCGGAACCACGUGUAGCCCCUGCUGUGCCACAUUCGCCCUGCAGUGUCACAUCGUGGACAACAGCCAGCCAGGUGAUGACGUGAGACUCUCAGUCGAAAGGUGUUUUUAUGUGGACAACUGCCUUCAGAGUUUCCCCACCGUGGAAGAGGCAAGGAACCUUGUCGACAAGUUACGGGCCAUCCUAGCCCCAGCAGGGUUUGACCUACGACAGUGGGCCAGCAAUGAACGUGACGUCAUCAGUCAUUUACCAGAAGAGAGCUGCUGUUAGAUUUGUAUUGUAAUUGUCAUUUAUGCUUAGAAAUAUCUACUUAUAUAUUCUUAGAGUUUUAUAAUUAGGUGUAGAUUGGUAGAGGUUUGAUC